AUGGUCAAGCACAACAAAGCAGAAAUAGGAGAAGUUACUGUUGUGAGUAGCAAUUAUGUUCCUAGUCAAAGAAAAACAUGGAACACUGUUGCGGGCCCGAUGGAGAACGACAUUGUUGCCAAACCUAACAACACCUCCGAGUUCUCAUUGCAAGAAGACUCUCUUAGCUCAACAGCUGGAUUUGAAAAAUUUCUAAAGUUAAAGGCAAACGCAUCGCAAGAGAACGUAGUUGAAAAACCAGAUCAUUCCAAUGACGAAGAAAUGCUGAUUAGAGAGAAUAUCAUCCUUAAAAGGGAGAUUGACUCUUUUAAGGUUAAAUUGGCUUGCCAGAAGGAGGAGAACUUUGUUUUGUCAGCAUCACUGUUUUCCAGUCAAGAGGAGGUUAAAAAGAUGAAAUCAAUUAUAAAAAAGAAGGAUCUUGAGCUCAAGCAACAGCAAGAAAAGCUGGAAGCCAUCUUAAGCAAUUGUGACUCACGACCCUUUGUUAAGGUAAUACCAAAAUCACCUCAAGAAUCAAUUAUGAAAAAAGAGGUUGACACUUUGCGAAACAGACUUAAGAACACAGAAGAAAAAGUGGAUGGGCUGAAAGCAAAGAAAAAGGAGCUGGAAAAUCAUGUGGAGUUACUGACAUCUCAACUCCAAAAUGAGCGUAUUACUAACUCUUACCUCCAAGAGCAAGCCAAACAAGCAGUUACACAAAUGACUGAGGAACGAGACAAAACGGAGACCUUUAAGGAUUAUUACUAUUAUUAUUCACAAAAUCGAGAGAAUUUGGAGCAUGGAGAUUUGGAAGAGCAAUUUGAACAACUGUUGUUAGCAAAACAGGAGUUGGAAUCUAAGCUCGCUAAGAGAGAGGAACAGCUCUUUGAUCUAACAAUGAAGUUUGAGGCCUUAAGAACAGAUCAGGUCCUAAACACCACGGCUAUAAGCAACAAAUAA